AUGGCUUCUCACAGGGGCUGGAAAAUCUGUGCUACUGUUACUGGCAUUCUCUUCAUCACCAUCUUAGUGGUCUUAGUCGUUCUGUUCCUUACAGUCUUGAAGAUCAAAGAACCUGACAUUGUGGCGAGGCCGGUUAACCUAGAAAGCUAUGAAGUGGUGGUCUUUCCGGCGAUAAAGUUUAAUGUAUCGGUCGGAAUUUUGAUCACAGUGAAGAAUCGAAACUAUGGAAGCUUCAAGUAUGACAAUAGCACAGCUCUUAUCAGUUAUCGUGACAAAGUUAUCGCUGUAACUCCACUGAAAGAUGGUACGAUCCCAUCUCAUAAGAAGUAUAACAUCACGGCUUCUAUGGAUAUAUUAGCAGACAAACUGCUAUUUGAUUCAAACUUCCUAAGAGACUUGCGUGCCGGGGUACUCAAUUUUACUUCACACACCACAGUGCAUGGGAAGGGGAGCUUGUUGAAGAUCUUUCAUAAAAAGGCUACUAGUAAGACCGAUUGUAACAUCUCUAUCAUUGUUGCAUCUCAGAGCGUCGAUUCCGCUUGCACAACCUCGAUCAAGUUUUAG